AUGACAGCAACAGAUGAAUUCAAUGUAGCCACUGCCAUGACAACUCAGAUACCUCUUCCACAAGAAACAGCUGUCGCUGAUCCGCUUAUGAAAAGGAACGCGUCGCUCAUUCCGACGGAAUUCAUGGGGGACGGUCGCCAAGGCGGGCGGGAACGAGCGGCAUUGGCAACAGUAUUCGGAGUCCGAGAAUACACAGAAUCCAAGAUCUUUUGGGAACGCGGAACUUGCCUAUCCUCAAGUGCCGAUCACGAUUACGAUCACGAUGGAGACACCAAGCAUUCAGCCCGCAGUAGAAUUGCCGACGAUCAGCAUCUCAGCAAUUACCACCCAUCGUCAAAGUCAUCGAACACUGCCCUCUUUCAGUUACCGGAAAUACCGUUGGUGAGCGAAUUUGGCGAUCUUCUCCUGGAAGACGACGCCAUCUUUUCCGAAGCUCACUCUAUUGAAUUUGCGUCCGAGCCAAGCCAUUGGAGCUCAUCUUAUACGUAUGAUACCGCCUAUCUUCAGGUGGCACCGCCCCUUGUCUUUGCGGAAUACCCGCCUGCCAUAUUUGAUUUACUCAAAUCAGAUGUCGAUUCCCGCAUAAUUGUUUGGGGUUCCGAUCCGCAGGCCAUGUCAGCCUCCAUGGCGACAGUGACGACGCCUCACUCUGAAAAAAAAAAGACACACGGCUCAGCGGCUGCCAAGAUACCGGCCUCGACUGGGUUUGCGACUCGCGUUACAGCCGAAAAUGUAUCGACACUCAAAGAUGAAUCGCCCCGAUCUGCCAGGUACAAGAAGAUGUCCAUACUGCAGGCACACAGACUCUUCCACAUCGACAAUCGAAUCCAUUCGAUCCCCCUUUGGAAACGGAAAUCGGCCCCCAAAGAUACUCCAAAUACGUCUGCAUUGCCGACGGAAGGAGAGACGGCAAGCAUCAUCGAAGCGGCUACGGUGGAAAAACUCGUCGAAAAACUGACAAAUACCCUUGAUUACACCUUCAUGACCGAUUUCUUCUUGACCUAUCGCUCCUUUAUCUCACCCGUCCAAUUAUGCAAAUUACUGAUAUUACGGUUUCGCUGGAGCUUGCAGAACAACAAGGAAGAACGCUGUAUCGUCAGAAUUCGGACAUUUGUCGUGCUCCGACACUGGCUCCUGAAUUACUUUGUGCAUGACUUCAUCCCUGAUCGCGAGCUUCGCAUCGUUUUGACGUCAUUUCUGAAUGCGCUUCCAUGCCAUCCCACGAUUCGACGAUCGAAACGCGAUCAACGGAUUGUCAAAGGCCUCAAACGGGUGAUACGUCGGUUGAAAAAGAUUUAUUACAGCAACUCGAUUUCUGAACGCGUCCAAAUCAUUGACCCGCCGCCUCCCACUUCGGAACAAGAACGGUUGGAAACUUUGGUGCGCAACAAAUUAUCAGAAGGCCGUUUAAGAUGGAAAACAGCUUUCGUAGACGGGAUUGAUAUUCAUGAGAACCAUCACGGUAAUACGGCUAUUCAUGACACGCGCGAUGCGCCAGUAUUGGUGGUGGGGAGCUUGCCACACAAGGUGGAUAGGAUAUCGCACAGAGACCACUGCCAUUCACUGAGUCAGCGAUACAGCUCCAACACGUUAACAUCUCCCUAUAAAUCCCGACAGCAAUCAGUGAAUGCAGUCAAAGCAUCGUAUCUGCAUCGCUUGGAGCAAGAGAAGCGAUACAUGCUGGAGGAAUGUCAAACAAAACCGCUGCAGGACGACAAUAGUGUGGGUGCUUCUAGCACAUUAUCAGAUGAUUCGCUUGAAAGUAUUGUAACCCCCGGUACAACAGACGACGAAAUGGAAAGCGACUACAGUCAUGAAGAUGAUAAUCGAUCCACUCUGGAUUACGAGGUAGAUGAAUCUGGUGCAUGGCAUCAUCAUUUUUCCAACGCGUUAUCCGAAGAAUUGGAAAUAGAAAAUGGGCUACUACCAGAAGCGCACCAACAGCCAUUGUCGAUUAACCGUACCGAUACAGGGUCCAUCAGCAGUCCCUUGAAAGAUGAUUCUUCAACGGGCGGGCCGCGUGUUGUCUACCGAGCUUCUCUGAACCUUGCAAACCAGCAACGAUCAUCAACCUCUGUAAAUAACGGCUGCACAGAUGUCACUGAAGAAACCUCGCAUGCUUCUCGGUCCGCUCCUGAAUAUACCCCUUCAAGACCCUUAUCAUCAUCACCAGAUGAAGUCACAACAGCAAUGCCACUGCCUAUGGUCAUUCCACUAAGUAACCAGAAUGCUAUCACCAAACGUGCACCAACCUCGCCACCGCCUGUGCCUAUUCAUGCUUGCAGUAACAGGGAUUCAUUCGAUUCUGUCAAUACCGCUACCAAUACCAAGGAAAGAGACAAUGCAGCAGCAAGUGAAUCCGAUACUGCAAGCGAUCGUCAAGUUGCCCAUACGCCCAAAGACCAACACUCAAUAACGGAAUCGAUGAAAACACCCCGUGAAUCCAUACACAGCCAGACGUUGACACCAAAGAGUUGCCAUGUUCUAGCGUCCAACGAGAUAAUGGAAUCCAAAAAAGUAUCAUCUUCGACUAUUUCACCCAAAAGUCGAAAAAAUUCCAACAACAGUAAGCGAAGUCUGCUAAGUUUUACGAAGCGAUUCAAGAAGCGGUCUUUAUCGUCACAGGUAUCCGCCGUCCAUAUCCACCCCAAUACCGACGAGGACGAUACAACUGUUCCAUUCAACAUGCCCAAAAAUCAGGGUUUCCAAAGGGACUCUGGAACACCAAGGGAGGCAUCUUUACCAUAUCGCGCCAAUAGUUGUCGUCUGCCUGACAAACUCGAGACACGACACUCGAAGCGCUCUAGCGUACCGUCUAAUCUGAAUACACCAUUGAACACAUUGAAGUCUGCACCUCAAAAAGACAAUGCUUAUGAUGUGUCCUUUACAAAGGCCAUACCGCGGUCUAUCACUGAAUCAUCCACAGCAUUUCCGCCGGCAAACGCUGCACACGUUCCAAUGCAUCAGACGGAUUUGUAUGCAUCCUAUUCCUUUCUCCUGAAAACUCGCUCAGACCAUAUUGCGCAGCAGUUGUGCUUGAUCGAACGAGAUAUCUUGCUGAAUGUUGAUUGGGAGGAAAUGGUACACUGUCGCUGGACGCAAAUGCGCCAAAACCACAGCGUAAAUGGAGUUACGCGAUAUGGUUCCUUUGACAGGGAACAAAAACAUACUUUCGAGCCUGAAGCGCACCACAUCAAUUAUACCAAGCGAACACGACAGAUGCAGCUUGCUCGUACGACCGGAAAAGGCGGGAUUGAGAAAAUUAUUGAGCGAUUUAAUGAUGUGUGCCAAUGGGUAGCCAGUGUUAUCGUUUCGACUUUUCGAUUGUCAGAACGCGUCAAGGUCAUUGAAAAGUUUAUUCGCAUAGCCCAGAAAUGCAAAAUAUUCUCCAAUUAUGCCACGCUGGUUCAAAUCUUGCUGGGCCUACAAUCACCGUCCGUCUCGCGCUUGCACAAAACAUGGUCGCAGGUCCGACACAGUGAAAUGUCUACCUUGAUGCAACUAUCGGCUUUCACAUCGCCCAUGAAGAAUUGGAAACAUAUUCGCGAUCAUAUGACCAACGUAGCAGAAGAGUAUGGCAUGUCGCCUAUGGAGGUGCAGAUCGAACUUUCAGGGACCAACAGAUCGUCGAACAAGUCGGUGAUUAAACUACCCUUUGGGGGAUGUAUUCCCUUUCUGGGAAUCUACCUUUCCGAUUUAGUCUUCAAUUCGGAACAACCGUCCUACCUUACGAGCCAAACCCCCGCACAGCCCAUUUAUACCGCUUAUCAGACAGUCGACGUAUCGCCCUUGCUGAAGCAACCUCUUGUGAAUUUUAGAAAGCAUCGCAUCGUGGCAACGGUCAUCAAACGUGUAUUAAUAUUUCAGAAUCUUGCACGACGCUAUGCCUUUGAAUUCAAUGAUGAACUAUACUAUCAGUGUGCUCACUUGCACACGCUUGAAACCAGCUCCAUACAACAACUGGCAAGUCAAAUCGAGCCGCAAUCCUGCUGGACUUGA